AUGUAUGUGAAAUGGUUUGAUACAGUAAUGUUUUACUAUGUUAUUUUAGUGUAUUUAGUGAAUGUCACAAUAUGUCAUUUUCAAAUUUCCCGCCGUUCCAUCCCCCGUACGUCCCGACGCUUGCAGGGGAUGGAACCCAGACGGCAGAUGCUGGCAUCCGCCGGGUUACAUUGCCGGGGACACUGCAGGAGGGACAUCGUGGGAGUGCAGGACAAGGUAAGUGAUUGAGGGAUCACGGAGCAAUGCCGCAUGGUAAGCCGAGUGUAGCUCGAGGUUACCGCUUUUGCUACACUCGGGAAUACCGCCAGGGAGGUUA